AUGGCGGACAUGAGAGGAAGUGGUGUUAUAUGUGAUGAGAGGUGUGGUUGUCCUUCGCCUUGCCCUGGCGGAGUUCAAUGCAGGUGCAAAAGCGGGGGUAUGCAGACCAGCGGUGGUGCAACGGAGGAGCACAAGAAAUGUUCAUGUGGCCAACAUUGUGGAUGCAACCCGUGCACUUGCUCGAAAGCCACGGCGUCAUCCGGUGGCGUAGGGAAGGCCUUUUGCAAGUGUGAUGAUGGUUGUGCAUGUGUCACUUGUUCAUCUUAGCAAAAUUCUAUAUCAUCAUCCAAGUCAUUGAAUCACAACCUUUGCUACACAAACCCAUAUAUAUCACUAAUUACUGUC